UUUGUCACGUGAUACACACAGGCAAUAUGGCAGAUGGAACUGCUGAACUUCUACCGAGGUUUAUGGCAUUUUAUUAGAAUAGCAGUGCGAAUGCUUCAAAUUAAGUGACAGAGUUUGAAUUUGAUCAUCUUAUAUUUGUGUAUAUAAAUUGUUCAGAUUGUUCAACCCAUGGAAAAAAUGUCGGCGUUAGUGCCUGGUUCAAAAAUAUUGGGAACUGUCACCCACGUGGAGUUCGAUGCAGGUUUGUGUAUUGGAUAUUGUCAGUUAUGCGAGGAAAACGUUGUUGACGAACUCGCAGAAGCUAUUGAAAACAAUGUACAGAAAAGUGCUUCGUCAUAUGAUAACUGGUCGAGUGAUGACAUUGUUUUGGCUUUGUUUCCUGAAGAUGAUAAUUGGUACAGAGGCAAGAUUGUCGAAAAUGGCGCCAACGGUCUGUUGGUUUUUUUUGUCGACUACGGGAAUACAGAGACUGUGAACAGUGGCAGCAUCAGAAAACUCCCCAGUUUGUUAAAGCACAUAGAACCACUAGCAACAAAGUGUGUCUUGGUGGAUGAAACUCCACCCAAUGGACAAUGGACUGCAGAACAAGAGAUGGCAGUAAAGGACAAACUCUUGAACCAGGAAUUUAUGUUCGAAAUUAUAAAGAGAUCACCUCAGGGUUUUUCUGUUCGAAUGCAUAGUCCCUCAUCUAGUGCAACAUCCCUCGACACCUUAACAAUGCAAACUGUUGCUUUAAAUUCUUGUCACCAGUGCUAUAUUUCUUACACAGAGAGUGCAAAUAAAUUUUGGGUGCAGUUGCAAGAGACAGAAAACGAUCUGAUUGAAUUGAUGAGUCAGAUGACAGAUCAUUGUUUAAGUAGUGCUGAGCCCCUGGGCAGUCCUCGCGUGGGUGGGUACUGUAUUGCAUACUACAGUGAUGAUAUGGCCCCAUACAGAUCUCAGAUUCUAACCAGCACUUCAGACAAAUGUCUGGUCCAGUUCAUUGAUUAUGGGAAUUCAGAGUCUAAAUCACCAGGCGACUUGAUAAAAUUACCUCCUAAAUUCAUGCCAUUCCCAGUUCAAGGUAUACGCUGUUGUUAUAAAGCCACAAAGAUCAAUCCAAACAAACUAGAGGACAAACUGCAAGAACUCAUGGCGUCUGAAGGAGGAGUUAUGGUCAAAUUUCUGAGGAGAAGUAAUGAUGAGUAUACUGUAGAGAUCAAUGAAGUGGAACAACUGGAGGGAAAUUCCAGCAUGAGUAAUUCCCAGUCCGAGGUGCAACAUGAUUACCCCGUGUCCUCCCUCCCCCUGAAUCAGACCUGCGAUGUGUGCGUGUGUUACGUUGAGCACCCUGGUUGUUUCUAUGUACAGUUACUCAGUAGUUCUGACACAGUAAAUGAUUUGAUGGAUUUAGCAGAGGAGGAAUUUGUAACGAGUAGGUCUCUGUCUAGAGUAUCACCUGGACAGUCUUGUUUAGCCAAAAUGAGUGAUGCAGGUAUUUAUAGAGGUUUCAUAGAGUCAACUGGAUCUUCCAUUUCUGUCACUUCUGUGGAUUUUGGAUUUACUGAAACAGUAGAUGUGCAAAAUCUUCGUGAAAUUUCCACCAAGUUGCAGUCCAUCCCAUCACAGUGUGUACAGUGUACCGUUGACCUGACAAAGAUGUCGUUCGAACACUGGUCUGACGAGGAAAUCAACAUCCUUAAGGGGUUUGAAAACUCUGUACCUUUGGUUUCAAUGGUCACCUCAAGCAGAGGAAAUGUGUACCAGUUGGAUUUAUAUGACACAAGAGACAAAGACAUCGACCGUUACUUAAAUGAGGAGUUACUAGGGGUUAAAAAGCAGGGGAAGACGGCCUCCUCAUACAAGGAAUCGGCUCGACGUCCCCUUAUUAUUCGCAGAAUUCAGAUCCCCAAGCCUGAUGUGGUUGUCGGGAACACAGAGAUUGUGUGCGUCACUGCUGUCCACUCCACUAAGCAGUUCUUUGGCCAGCUGACUAAAGUCCCUGUCGACAAAUUUGCCUCCCUACAGGAUACUCUGACCAAGGUUUACGAGAUGGGACAAGAUGCUAUUGUAGACGGGGAGGUGGGAACCUUCUGUUGUGCAAAGUACACGGAUGGUUCCUGGUACCGAGCUCUCAUCACCGCGGUGACAGGAAGCUCAGCGGAGAUCAUGUUUAUAGACUUCGGUGACUCCUGCACGGUCCCUCUGUCCUCACUGUAUCAGAUUCAUCCCAGCAUUGCUGAUACUCCACAACUCUGUAUUUUGUGCCAGUUCCAGAAACAACCAGUAAACCUGAGUCUUGGUGAUCUACAGAGUCUGAUGGUGGACAAAGUAGUGGAGAUCAGACUACUCUCAAAGACAGAUGGGGUAUUUCCCACUUUCCAGAUUGAGUUCACUAACCAGUCCAACAAUAGAAACAUCACAUCCAGGCUGUAUGGAAACCAGCACAAAAUCCCCAGACUCCCACAGGCUGCUCUGCAGAGUGGUAGAACUGGAGGAGAGAAGCGUGGAAUGGUCAGUAUCGGCGAUGUCGAGGAAGUGAUGGUCACUCAUGUGGUGGACCCCGAACACUUCCACUGCCAGCUGAGCAAGACUGCCCCCCAGCUGGAUGCCCUGAUGGAGAGUCUCGACAAGCAUUACUCCGCCCUGGGAGAGGACGAAGAACUACUCACGACCUUUUCACUAGGGAAGCACUGUGUGGCCAAGUACAGCGCGGACCAGGACUGGUACAGGGCCCAGAUUACAGGCAUGUUGAACAAUGGGAUGGUGGAGGUGAGAUACAUUGACUAUGGAAACACGGAGUGUUCCUCCAAAGACACGCUGAAGCAGAUCAGUGACGAGCUGAUGACCCUCCCUCCUCAGGCCGUCCUCUGUGGACUCGAAGGUGUGGCCUCCUCGUCAGGAUUCUGGCAGCCAGAGAAGGUGGCCCAGUUCGAGGACUUGGUUCUUGAUCAGACAUUUAAAGCGACCUUCAAAUCCCAGAAGCCAGGAGAGGAAACUUUGUUGUGUGUCCUGGAAUCGGCUGAUGGCACCAACAUUAAUCAGAAGUAUGGAACAAGCACCAACUCACUUGUAUCUACAACCCACGACUCCAGUCCUAACAACUUCCAGCAGAGGAACAGAUUUGGUGACAAACCUUCUGGGGGAAGAUUCAACAAUUCAAGAUCAGAAUUCGGUGGUGGAUCUGGUGGGGGUUCAAGGUUCAGCAAACCGUCCAGUGGGUUUGGAAACGCAGGGAGUGGGGACUGGAAUGAAUCCCCUUCAGCCAGCUCCUCUACACCAAGCUUUGGUGGGGGAAAUAGAGGGGGAUUUGGGGGAGCAGGUGACUCUUUUGGAGGAUCAGGUGGCUCCUCCUUUGGUGGGGGUGGAGGAGGAUUUAGAAAAGAAGGCGGUGGGAGAGGCUGUCAUAAAUGUGGAGAAGAGGGCCAUUUUGCCAGAGAUUGCCCAAAGAGUGGUGGUUCUUCAGGAGGUGGUAGAGGCUGUCACAAGUGUGGAGAAGAGGGCCAUUUUGCUAGAGAUUGCCCCAAGGGAGGUCCAGGUGGUGGCGGAGGAGGGAGGGCAUGUCAUAAAUGUGGAGAAGAGGGCCACUUUGCCAGAGAUUGUCCCAGUGGUGGUGGUUCCAGGGGGCGAGGCUGUCAUAAGUGUGGAGAAGAGGGUCAUUUUGCCAGGGACUGUACAUCCAGUGGUAAUAGAAGUUCAGGGUUCGGUGGAGGUGGUGGAUCCUCUAGUGGAUUUGGCAGCAGAGGGUCUAGUGGUGGAUUUGGUGGCCGGUCUGAACGACCCUCAGGAGGAUUCUCAGGUGGUUUCAAUAAGAACUCUUCCAACAAUGCAGCUGAUGAUGACUGGGGUGGAUUUUCUGUGGAUCCCAAACCCAAAGGUCCAGGAUUUGGUUCCAGGCCUAGCGGUGGUGGUGGAGGUGGCUUCCAAGGAGGAAAGCCAAGUGGUGGAUUUGGAGGAAGGAGUGGGGGAGGAUUUGGUGGUGAUGGAGGAGGAGGGGGAGGAUUUGGAGGAGCUAGUGCAGCAAGUGCAGAAGAUGACUGGGGAGAUGGUGGCUCUGCCACACAAGCUGCUCCUGUCACAACCCCAGGGUGGAGUGCUACACCUAGAAAUACAAACAACAACAGUGAAUGGGGCCAUGAGCAGAGCAACUCCUACAUACAUGCUAGGCUGCCAUCAAACAAGUCUGUUAAAGUGUAUGUAGUGUACGCAAAGUCCCCUUCAGAAUUUUGGUGUCAGACAGUUGAGAAAUCGGAGGAACUUGAAGAAAUGAUGGAGAAGAUGAAUGAAGAGUAUAAUGGUUUAUUUCCCAAAGAAAGAUGUGUGCAUAAAUAUGAGACAGGAACACCCUGUGUUGCUAAGUUCUCUGAUGAUAAACGAUGGUACAGAGGGGAGAUCUCAAAAGUUGAAGAUGACAAGGUGUCUGUCUAUUUUGUGGACUACGGAAACACAGAGACAGUUGAUAAAUCUGCUGUGAAGGCAGCCAAUGCAAAUUACAUGAGUUUAGAAGUCCAGGGGGUGAAAUGUUCCCUUAGUGGAGUGGUCAGUGAAGACUGGUCAUCAGAGGCGAUAGAGAAGUUUGAAGAACUGGUCAUGGAUAAAGAACUUCUAGCUGAUGUUGUUUACUUCUCGGGUGGGGUGUGUCUAGUCAAGCUCACUGAGAAUGGUGAAGAUGUGGCUCAACAAUUGUCCAGCUCUGGAUUAUGUAAAUUAUCUACCACUACUGUUACCAAGCCAUCAGAAAACCCCUAUCCUCAGAUGCCCCAAGAAGUGGGAAAAGACAUCACUGCAUAUGUUUCAUGGAUAGAGAAUCCUCACAGUUUCUGGAUCCAACCUGAGGAGAAAGCAGAGACAUUGGAGAAUUUAGUGGGAGAGCUUCAGGAGCAUUAUGCAGCAGGUGGCAAUAGAAUGGACAAUGUGAAGUCAGGGGACACAGUGGUUGCCAAGUUCUCGGAGGAUGAGGCGUGGUACAGGGCCUAUGUAGAGAAUAUCCAAGACUCCAACACCACAGUCAGAUUUGUGGACUAUGGAAAUACAGACAAAGUUUCUAAGAGUGAACUGUUCAAAGUUGCAGAAAAUUUCCUUCAAUUCCCUGCCCAGGCCCUGAGGUGUAACCUGUCUGGUGUGAAGCCCUUACAGAGUGGUUGGUCUGCAGACACGAAGGAUAUCAUGCAGAGCUUGGUCCCUGAAGCUGUCAAAGUCAAGUUUGAAUCCAAAAAUCCAGAUGGCACUUGGGUGGUCUCCCUUUCAGCUGGUGAUGUGGAUGUGGCAGAAGAAUUGAUCCAAGCAGCAGUGGCUAGAAGGGAAGUUUCCUCCACUUCCACUGCUUCUGAAGUCACGUCGCAAUUCCCACAACAGACUCCUCUCCAGGAAUGUAGCACCCACCAAGUGUUUGUAUCCCAUGUCAAUUCCCCAGCCAGCUUCUACUGUCAGCUUGUUCAAAACUCAGAAAAAUUAGACACACUAUUGGGAGAGAUAGAAGAACAAGCAGAAAUGUUUGAUCCUGUGAACUCUCUGUCAGAAGGCAUGGCGUGUAUGGCAAAGUACAGCGCUGAUGAAGCCUGGUACCGGUCGGUCAUCGCCAGAGUGUCAGGAAACACCGCAGACGUCCUGUUUGUUGAUUAUGGGAACUCAGAAUCCACCUCCAAAGAUGAUAUAUGCAACAUUCCUCCAGGACUCUUCAAACUAGAAGCUCAAGCCAUUCACUGCAGACUUAACAAUCCGGAUGGUGUUGGAGAUGGUUUUGAAGAUCAAGUUGCCGACAAAGAGAUGACUAUUAAGGUUGUCAGUCCGUCACCUUCUUGUCUUACUGUAGACUUAUUCUUUGAGGAUGGUAAACCACUGUCGGAAUCAGCAAGUUCAACACGUGAAUCAAGUUCCGUGGAAGCCCCAGUAUACGAACAUGUUGAUUAUGCCGAGCCUCCAGGGACACAAUUCAAAUGUUUUGCUACUUACGUAAAGUCACCUUCCAGGAUCUACCUCCAAAAAGAUGGUUGUGAGGGGUCACUGGAGUCCAUGACAGCAAACCUGCAGGAGGUCAUGGGUAACUGUUCCAGUCUAGUGAAUCCAAGGUCUGGUCAGAUCUGUGGGACUGUGUACUCUGAGGACAAGGCUUGGUAUCGAGGCGUCAUAGAAGAAGUAAAUGCUGGCAAGGCCAAGAUCAGAUUCAUUGAUUAUGGCAAUAGUGAGGAGGCAGAAAUUAGUUCUCUGAAGGUCUUACCAUCUGAGUUAGCUUUGCUUCCACCAUUUGCAUAUCCUUGUUCUCUGCAUGGAGUAUCCCCCCUUGAAGGAGAAUGGAGUUCCGAGGUCACUUCACAGUUGGAGACACUCAUUGUGGAUAAAGAAUUGACCUGUACUUUUGCAACUGGGACAGAAGUUAAACUUGAGGUUGAAGACAAAGAUGUAGGAAAAUCUCUACAGGAAGCAGGCCUGGUGAAGUAUGAAGAGAGUUCCAUUGCUUCAGAGGAUGUCCAACCUGUUGGGGUCAAUAGUCUAGAAAAACAAGUAGUUCCCACAGAACCUGUAACAUCCUUUGUAAGCCACACUGACAAGGAAAAAUUCUACCUACAACUGUCCAGUCAGGAAGGGGAGUUAGGAGAAAUGAUAGAGAAGAUCCAGGUCCAUUGUGACAAGAGUGCUCCUCUGAGUGAAGUGGCCCUGGGUGAUUACUGCUGUGCCAAGUUUACCACAGAUAACUCCUGGUACCGGGCACAUGUCAAGGAUAUCCGAGGAGACACUGUGGAUGUUCUAUUUAUAGACUUUGGGAAUUCAGACUCUGUGUCCAAGGACAAUUUGCGGUCCCUUGGCUUUGAUUGUCCAGCUCUUGCCUACCACUGCUGCCUAUCAGGAUGUACCUCAAUGUCCACACAACAGCAGGAGCUCUUCUCCAAGCUGACCUUGGAUGCUGAGGUCACGGCCACAUUUGACCAAGAUGUGGGGGACAAGUACGAAGUGACCCUGCUGUUAGCUGAUGGGAUGAAUGUGAACAAGGAGAUCAUUCAGUCAGAUGGACAGGGAGUAUCAACCAGCCACUCUACAGAUCUGUCCGAAAUGGAGGAGAGACAAGAUGCUGCUUCACAGUCGGUUAUAAUGGACGAGUCCCAUGUGACUUUGGAUGAGACUGGAUUCUCUGAGGCAGACCUCAAUGUUACCUCUAAUGAUACAAAUGAUGCCCAGGAAGAAUCCACCAUUUCCAGUGUUGGUGACCUGAAGUUAGUGGGCGUGUCUGAGGAGGGUCGUGUGGAGGUGUCGGUUAGCUGUGUCUACUCCCCCAGCUGUUUCUACAUCCAGCAGGGGGACACCACACCCCUCAACAAUCUCUUGGACCAGAUGUUUGAAUUCUACAGUAACGCUCCCGCCGGCUCCUACAAGCUGGACAGAGUGGACAUCAAUACGCCCUGUGCUGCCAGGUUCUCGGACGAUGCCACCUGGUAUCGGGCUGUCAUCAAGAAACAGGUGGAUGUAGAUAAAGUACAGGUCAUGUUUCUGGACCAUGGUAACGUGGAGGUGUGUGCCAUUGCUGACCUCCGGCGUCUACUGUCACGGUUCAGCGAGCUCCCUCUACAGGCCGUGGAGUGUUCUCUUGCUGGGGUUCGAGCCAAGGACGGACCCUGGAGCUCAGAGGCCAUCACUCUGUUCUCAAACCUCACCAAGGACAAGACUUUACUAGCUGACAUUGUUAGCAUCGGGGAUGACAGCAGCUGUAUUGUACAACUGUUACACAUGGGUCUGUCCAUCAGUGAGCGUUUGUUGGAGGAGGGCCACGGAAUACAGGCCACCACGCCCGUCACCAUCAGCAAAAAAGUGAAGCGUGUUUUUUCCGACUCCAGUGAUGUAGCUACCCCUUCACUUAAGCUAUCUGAGGAGUGCCCUGCAGUGAAAGAAGAACAAACUAUCUUGUAUGGAAGGUUUCAGCCUUUGGCUGUUGAAGCAGAUACAGAGUAUGUGGUGUCGACCAGCCACAGUGAACACCCGGAGAGCUUCUGGUGUCAUCUGACCGACAAUGUCCAUUCCUUGAGUGACCUGAUGGAUGAGAUGCUGAAAGAGUACUCAAAGAAUCAGAAACCAGCUAAGGAGGACUCCACAGAGUUGUCAGAGAGUGAAGCAAAGACAGUAUCCGAUGAGUCAAAAGGUCCUGGAUUAUUGGAUGACUGUACACCUGGAACAUCCUGCUGUGUCCAUUUCCCAGUCGAUGGACAAUACUAUCGGUCUGUAAUCCAGGAACUUCUUAAUGACGACAGUAUCAAGGUGUUCUUUGUGGAUUUUGGAAACAUGGAGGUUGUGAAUCAGUGUCAUAUUUAUGAGCUGUCCGACGAUUACUGCCAGAUGCCAGCUCAGGCCGUUCAUUGUCGCUUGGGAGGAAUUGCCAGUCAGUCAUGGGAUACAAGCUCCUGUGGACGAUUCGAGGAGUUAACAGAUGAUAAAGAACUAUUGUUGUAUGUUAUAGAGAAGAUUGAAGAUGGACCUAAUAUUGUGGAACUGUCGGACGGGGAAACUUCCAUCACCAGCUGCCUCAUAGAAGGAGGUUACGCCCAGUCGGACCGCUCAUUGGAGGACCAGUCUAUUGAUCUGGUCUCCUUGUUCUCCCCCUACACAUGGACUCUGUUGUCUCUAGACAUGGAGUACGAUAUCAAAGUAACAGCUGUAGAAAGUCCUGUUCAUUUCUAUGUUAUGCUAAGUGACUGCAAUGAAAUGUCAAAAGUCCAGGAGGAGAUCAACAAUUACGUAGAAGGGAACCCUCAAGAAAUGUCCAGUAUUGUAGAAAAUACCCCUUGCCUUGUCCUCAACCCCAAACAGAAAGAGUAUCAGAGAGCUAAAUGUGUGAAAGUUUUCAGUGAAAAACAAAUUCAGGUGCUUUUAAUAGACUCUGGUGAGAAAUUGACAACAAAAAUUGACAAGUUGUUCAACAUCCCUGACAGUCUUGUCCAGAUACCCGCCCAGGUUACUGUGUGUGCCCUCACAGACGUAUUUUCUCCCACUGGAAACUGGAGCAAGGAGGCCAAACUAUUUUUCUCAGAUCAUGCAGAGUUUGUGUCCAUCAUGUACGUGCGUCACAAGACAGACUGUGGGCUGUACAAGGUGACCCUGGACUUUGAAGGUCAGGAGUUGAAUCGUUUGUUAGUGGACCUGGGCUAUGCCAGAGCAGAAGCUGACACCACACUGUUUGAGCAGAUGUUGGAUGAUUCCAGUAACCUUGAAACAUCAUUCAAUGAACUUGCCCUGGAAAGACAGAAUUCCUUCGGCAGUGAAGAAGAUGGAGACAAAGUACAAUCGUUGAACUUGGACUCGACCCUAGAAACCACUGAUGCCUCCAUUUGUAUGUGUCACGACUCGACUCUGGAGACCACUGGGGCCUCAGACAGCUUCCAUUUCAUCAAUGUCAAGAAAGAAAGAGAAACAAACAAGAAAGAUGAAGAGAUCAAAGAAGAGGAUGAAUUUUAUGAUGCGUAUGAUGAGGAAGGAAAAGUUACUCCUACACUUGAGAAAUCAGUGGAUGAUGCAUCUAGUGACACUCCAACCAAGGAGGCAGACCCUACAUCAAGUCCACGAAAGGAUAAAUCCUUGAAUAAUUCAUCUAGUGACACUCCAACCAAGGAGGCAGACUCUCCAGUAAGUCCACAAAAGCCCAAUGAUAUUCAGGCAGAACAACAUCAAAGUUCCCAGAAUGCGGAGCAGAAUAAGGAAGAACCUGACGAUAAACAUCUGGAAGAGGAGAAUGUGGAAGAGAAGGCGGAGGAAGAUGGAUUGAACAACAACAAAGCUCUGGAAGACGAUGCAACUAAUAAUUUGUCAAGUGAAGAUGAGCCAAAUGAUGCUGUCCCUGAAGAAAUCAAAGAAACUAUGACUGAGGAAAAUACAGCAGGUGAUCAAAGGGAAGUAACUGAGGAACUUCAAGAAGACAAAGAGAAAGAAGAUCAAAAGGACAUGGCUGAGGUGUGUGAAGGAGAAACAAUGGAGGAAGUACAAAAGGAAACAACUGUGGAAUGUAAAGAAGACAUAGCUGAAGAUGAACGAAAGGAAAAAGAGGAAUGUGAUGGAGACACAUCUAAAGAUCAAGAGGAAGUAACUGAAGAUAGAGAGGAUAGUGGCAGCAAAGAAGUUGUAGAGGAAGAAUCUAGAGAGGGGGAGGAAUCCGGUCAUGAUCAAGAGGGGUGUGAAGAGAACUGUCAGAAUGAAGGGGAAGGUUCAGAGACAGGGGACCAGUCAAAGGAGAACGGGACAGAUUGUGGACAGAACGACUCGGCAGAUACAGAUUGUGAUGACAAGAAGGAAACUAAUGGAGACAAGGAGGUGGAGGAGAAAGAAGAUCAGGAUUCAAGUGUUUCCGACAGUGCAAAAAUCAACAGUGAUGGAGACGGCUCAAAGGACUCACAUUCUCUGAAGGAAGGGGUUAAGGAAGUGGUUCGGGAAUUUGGUGAUAAAGCUGAGGAGUCGUGUGAAUUACUGGCAUCAAAGGCGGGAGAAGGAACUGAUUAAGAAAUCUCUUGAACAUUCUGAUUGUUUCAAAUACCUGAAUUUGCUUAAAAAUAUUGGAAAUAGAUUUUGUAUAAUUAUGUAACAUGCAUUAUACUUUACGCAUUAUUUUACUUAGUUGUGUGAGCAACCAAUAUUAUUUAGUUCUCGACUGUUGGUUUUAUUUUGCAGUCUACUGUUAAAUCUUGGUGCAAUUGAUAAUUUUCUCAAGUUUGUAGUCGUUUGUAUUACUUUAUUUUUCAUGAUCAAGGAAGAAUUAGAAAAUGCUAAUAUGUGUGACUGUUAUUUAAUAAAAACAUUUGAAGAUCA